CACUCUCAUCUUUCUCUCACUAAGAAAACACUCUGCUUUUAUUUUUUUUCUCUCUCUUUCCUUUUUAUUUUUUUCCCCUUUCUCUCUCUAAACUGUGUUUUUUCUCUCCACAAAAUUCCCAUAUUUCUCCUUAAUUUCUCUCUCUUUUGCUUACGAAAAUCCCACAUACGUAACCACCAAUGCAUGAUCUUCCGAUCCAAUGCAAUUUUGAUCCUUAACGCUUCGAAUUUCCUCCGAGUUUGACCCACACAAGUGACUCACUGAGUUGGGAAUUUUUAUUUUUUUGCGAAAAAAAAAAUCAUGUUGGAGGCAAUGGAGAGUUCCAUCAAUGGUGGCGGUUUCUCGCAGUUACAGAGCUGCGGAGACAGUAGCGAAGAAGAGCUCUCGGUGCUUCCGCGUCAUACUAAGGUGGUCGUCACUGGGAAUAAUCGUACCAAAUCGGUGCUCGUUGGUCUUCAAGGCGUGGUCAAGAAGGCUGUUGGACUAGGCGGGUGGCAUUGGCUGGUUCUUACCAAUGGCAUAGAAGUAAAGCUACAGAGGAAUGCCCUCAGUGUGAUUGAAGCUCCUACUGGUAAUGAAGAAGAUGACGACCUGGAAUUCGAAAACAUGCAGUGGAAUGGAUCUGACUUGGCAUCUGAUGACACUCAAAAGUCCCACAGAUCGAGGCAUAGAACACAUAAAUCGACCGGGUCUUCUCACAAGACUAUGAGCAGGUCCCUUUCUUGUGACUCGCACUCUAAGGGAUCUGUUUCCACACCCCGCGGGUCCACGAAAGUUGACCUCAGCAAACUGGAGAUGGCUGCUUUAUGGAGAUAUUGGCGACACUUCAAUCUUGUGGAUGCCAUCCCCAAUCCAUCAAAAGAGCAACUAAUUGAUGUUGUCCAGAGGCAUUUCAUGUCACAGCAAAUGGAUGAGCUGCAGGUCAUUGUGGGAUUUGUUCAGGCUGCAAAGAGAUUGAAGACCGUUUGCAAAUGACAUUGGACAGCUUUUGAGUUUGGUUGUCAAUGCUAACAGAUACUUGGUGUAUCCAUCCUAAUGUCCUCUUCCCGCGGGUAGUGAUAUCUGUAAAAUAUGUCUUCGUGGCUUGUUUAUCUUUCCGGUCCCUUGUUAAGUAGGUUAGUAUUUACUUCAAGCUAUAGAGGUUCUUCCUUUUUGGUAGAGUAGUUUAUGUAGAUAUAAUCCAAAACUUUGGUUACAAAGACCUCUAAGUAGCCCCUCUGGGGGCGCCCUUUCUAAGCUUGGUUGAAUGUACUGCUGACUUGGGGAAGUGGAUUUCUUAAAAAUGUAUAUAUUCUUCCUUUCUCUA